AUGCUUGGAACUGAAUUUUUAUGCCAUCGACCUCCCACUGAGCAAGACGUGUGGGUGUUCCAGGGGAACUCGAGCGAGAGCGAGGAAUUUCGACUCGUCCUUCCUGCCAGGGAUUCCCUCAUCAUCGGAUCCAAAAAUGUGAUAUAUAAUGUGAGCCUUCGGGACCUGACAGUUCUUCAGGAGGAGUGCCAGAACUACAUCCGAGUCAUGGUUCCACUGGAUUCAGGGUCCUACUUCGUGUGUGGUACCCAUGCCUUCAGCCCUCUUUGCCGGGAAUAUCGCUCCGAGGAGAAAGGAUUGGUGAAGGCUGAGGAAGAGAACGGCAAGAUCCUCUGCCCCCACGAUCCCAAACUCAAUUCCACGGCGCUCUAUCACGAGGGCCAUUUGUUUUCUGCUUCCUACGCGGACUUCCAAGGCGCAGAUCCGUUGAUCUACCGGAAACCCCUGAGGACUCGCCAGUACGACCUGGAGCACUUUUCAGACCCGGAUUUCGUGAGUUCUACGGCAGAGGGGGACUUCGUCUUUUUCUUCUUCCGGGAACUGGCAGUGGAGUACUCAAACUGCGGCAAGGCGGUGUAUUCCCGAGUGGGUCGAGUGUGCAAGAAUGACCCGGGGGGAUCCGUGGGAGGUGCAUCCAAGAGAUGGUCAUCCUUUCUUAAAGCCCGCCUCAAUUGCUCCAUCCCUGGACUUUUCCCCUUCUACUUUGACGAACUCCAGGGGGCGACGGAGUUCGUCGAGGGAAAAUACGGCGGGAGAGAGGCGAGAUUGAUGUAUGGCACAUUCACGACGCCGCAGAACAGCAUCGGCGGGUCGGCCGUUUGUGCCUUUUCCCUCAGAGAUAUCUUGAAUGUCUUCGAGGGACGCUUCAAGCAUAAUGAAGGCAAUGCCAAGUGGACCGCCGUCAAGGGCCCGGAGGCAAGACCAGGUCGGUGCGUUAACAUGUCACGAGGCGUGGAUGCGACGUGGAUCGAGGCACAUCCCAUCAUGGAUGAAGCCGUCCCUGCAACCUUCGGCUCGCCCAUCCUCUUGCGAACAGUUCCCACCGCCCAGUAUCGGUUCACAAAGAUCGCCGUGGAUCCUCAGGUAGAGACGGUGAACAGUGAAGCCUUCGACGUCCUCUUCAUUGGAACUGAUGGGGGUUGGGUAAUCAAGGUCCUGAACGGAAAUUCCUGGACCUCGUGGGAUUCCGUCGACCAGGCCGUGAUUGAGGAACUUCACGUGUUCCCCACUGGGGAACCCAUUCGGAAUAUCCAGAUUCUCAACGACGAGAAAGGAAAUUUCGGAAGGAAGUUUCUCUUGGUCCUUUCAGAUUCCCAGGUGAAGCGUCUCCCUCUCGCCAGGUGCUCCAAGGCACAUCUCUCCUCCUGCAGUGAGUGUGUCUCGGUGCGAGAUCCAUAUUGUGCCUGGGAUGAGAGCCGCAGGGCAUGUGUAGAACUGGAUCCAUCCAUUCCUUCAAAUCCAGAUCGUUUCAUCCAGGCUGUUGGAACUGGAGUCAGCCCCCGAUGUCCCCAAGGAGAGGUGAUGUCAAGCACAGCACUUCAUGCUUCCAAGUCCCGUGCCAUUCCAGGCCAAGGGCAGCAGGAAACACGGCUCCAUGGCACCAUCUUCACUGCUGGUGCUGAGUCUUCCUCAUCUAGAGAUGGGGAAGGAGAGCGGGGAAGAAAGGCACCAACAGAGCUUGGGGUGGAGAUCAUAGACCAACGAGGUCUGUACACAGUGGAAACACUGGCUGUCACUGUGACGGGGGCCACCCUGGGUGCUCUUCUCAUUGGGUUUUUCGUUGGGUGGAUGGUGGGACGGAGGUGCCGCAAGGAACACUAUGAUGCUGGGCCCUGUGUGGAUGCUGAGUAUGAGUUCCUCGAGCAAAGGGGACCCAAUCUACACAGGUUUGGAGGAGAAUCAACAAUGCACCCGCCCAGCAUGCACCCACCACCGCCCCCACCGGUGCCAUCUGCUCCUCCGGAUCAAGGAUGCUACACCCACUCGCCCCAUCUGGGCCCAGGAUCCUACAUGACUGGAUCCCGUCAUCCCCAUUCCCACUAUGCGAGCAAACCCAUGAACCUGAUGAUGGAUGUCUCACCCAAGAACGGGGCCCCAACUGGGCUCUAUCAUGCCACCGCAGAGCAUCGUCCAUUUCUCAUGGCCACCAGUUCCCCUGGACCAGGACCCACCUUCCCUCAUACUGGAACACUUGGCAACUCCAGCAUGCGCAAGAUGUAUCUUUAGUCCGACUUUACUUGUCGGUUAGCGGCUCCUUUGCUGGAGAACAGAUGUAAUUGGACCGAGUCCGAGACGUAGAUUCUCCCGUAGGUCUCUGCUUGAUCCCCAAUGGCAGAAAGGUGUUCACCAAAGAGCUCUCCAUUUUAGGUUUUCUGUCUCUCAGUCGCUCAGGCACUAAAAUGAGAAUCUCAAAAAAUCUGAUAUUACCAUUAUUUUUUUUCUCAAAUGAUCAAGUAUUUUGUCCUUUUCAUUUUUGUUUGUAUCCCAAAUACUGUGAUUUAUGUUUUUUUGUGCUUUUUUUGGUGUAACAGAACUUGAUACUCAUUGUACUGGAAUUUAAAAAUGCAGAACAGUUGAGAGGAUGAUCCAGUCCUAAUCCAGCGAUGCUACUGUAUCCCCCUUUAGAGUGGCCUUGAUCGUUUCUUCCCUCGAAUCGAUGGCCGAAUUUUCUUUUUCUUCCUUCCCAAUUCUAUGCAUUAGAAAGAGAGUGGAAGUCUCCUGCAUUCUAGUCAACUAAGAUUUUGUGAAGGGAGACUUUGCCUGGAAUCACCGCCUCGGCAGCUUGUGAUCCUGUCUUUCCAAAGAAGAGGAAUCUUAGCACAAUGUGUGUUUGUGGAUUGAAAAGAGAGAGAAAGAUAUAGACUCUUCUUCCUUUUUUUUUCUCUCUGUGACUGGAUUCUGCAAUAAAAUUAGACCAGUGGCCUCCCCAA